CCGGCCGUUGCCGCGGCUGGGUCUCUCCCAUUAUGGCGGAGCGGCCGGCGGUGCAGACGGACUGUGUCUCUCGCUCCCAUGCUCGCUUCGUGUCUUGAGGGAGGGCACCUUUCCCCCCUCUUUUGUAGCUUCCCCCUCACGUCAGCGCCGCGUCUUCUUUAACACGCCUGCCCGUGGGUGUCUUUUUUGUUUUUCCCCCGGCCAAGUCAUGGCGGAGCGCGGCGUGGAUUUGUCAGCCCUGCCGAAGGAGGUUCGAGACCAACUGGCUGAGUUGGACCUGGAGCUGUCUGAAGGUGACAUCACACAGAAAGGGUUUGAGAAGAAAAGAGCCAAGCUGCUGGCUUCUUACAUCCCCCAUUUGCCCAAUGUGGAUGUGACUUUGCCAGAUGUGCAGCUUUCCCCGGGCCACAGUGGCGACCCCACUCCAAGUCCAGAGGCCCCGGGACCCUCAACAUCUUCAGCCUCCAGACACCACCGUGCACACCGCAGUGGAGGGGCCAGAGAUGAGCGCUACAGAUCAGACAUUCACACAGAAGCUGUGCAGGCAGCACUGGCCAAACACAAAGAGGAAAAGAUGGCACUGCCCAUGCCAACCAAGAGACGCUCAGCCUUUGUUCAGUCUCCAAGUGACGCUUGCACACCUCCAGACACAUCUUCUGCAUCAGAGGAUGAGGGCUCAUUGCGCAGAAAGGCCGCCCUGAGUGCGGCUCUUGCUCAGGGCCUGCAGAGCCCUGAUUACUGGAUCAAUCGUUCCGUCCAAAGUUCCUCCACAUCCUCAUCGGCGUCCUCCACCCUCUCCCAUGGAGAGCCCAAAAGCCAGCCUCAGCCCCAGCCUGCUGCUUCCUUAUUGGCUGACGUACUAGCCCACACCCGCAUAGAAAACAGUGUCCCUCCAGAUGUCACAGCCUCUACUCCUCAAGACAGAAGUUCGAAGGUGGACCUUCCUCCUGCUGUUAGGGGCAUGAGUCGUGGGCAGAGCCGCUGUAGCAUACUUGAUACUGCUGACGGUGUGCCUGUUAACAGCAGAGUGUCCACUAAAAUUCAGCAGCUGCUAAACACAUUGAAGCGGCCUAAAAGACCACCACUCAGUGAAUUCUUCCUUGAUGACUCUGAAGAAAUAGUAGAAAUUCCCCAGCCAGACCCCAACACCCCAAAGCCCGAGGGGCGUCAAAUCAUCCCGGUAAAGGGGGACCCCCUUGGUGUUGUUAGUAACUGGCCGCCUGCCUUGCAAGCAGCCCUGGCCCGCUGGGGUGCCACCCAAGCCAAAAGUCCUGCCCUUACAGCUCUGGAUAUCACAGGCAAACCCCUCUACACUGUCACAUAUGGCAAACUGUGGAGUCGCAGUCUAAAACUGGCCUACACUCUACUCAAUAAACUGGGCACAAAGACAGAACCUGUUCUACAACCUGGAGAUCGAGUGGCGUUGGUUUACCCUAACAGUGAUCCCGGAAUGUUCUGGGUAGCGUUCUAUGGAUGUUUGCUGGCUGAGGUUAUUCCAGUGCCUAUUGAGGUACCGCUGUCCAAACAGGAUGCAGGCAGCCAGCAGAUCGGCUUCCUAUUAGGAAGCUGCGGUGUCGGCCUCGCACUGACCAGUGAGGUCUGUCUUAAAGGUCUGCCCAAGACACCAAAUGGAGAGAUUAUCCAGUUCAAAGGAUGGCCACGAAUGAAAUGGGUGGUGACAGACACCAAGUACCUGACUAAACCCUCCAAAGACUGGCAGCCUCAUAUUCCCACAGCUAACACAGACACCGCCUACAUUGAGUACAAAGCGAGUAAGGAGGGAACAGUGAUGGGAGUCGCUGUUUCCAAGAUCUCCAUGCUGACUCACUGUCAAGCCCUGACUCAGGCCUGUAAUUACUGUGAAGGGGAGACUUUGGUUAAUGUGCUGGACUGUAAAAAGGAUAUGGGUUUGUGGCAUGGUGUUUUAACGAGUGUCAUGAACAGAAUCCACACCAUCACCGUACCAUAUGCUGUCAUGAAAGCCUGUCCGAUAUCCUGGGUGCAGAGAGUCCACAUUCACAAAGCUCGUGUGGCCUUGGUGAAGUGCCGAGACCUUCACUGGGCAAUGAUGGCCCACAAAGAGCAGAGAGACACCAACCUGUCCUCCAUACGAAUGCUUAUAGUCGCUGACGGAGCUAACCCAUGGUCUGUGUCGUCAUGUGAUGCCUUCCUGAAUGUGUUCCAGUCUCAUGGUCUAAAGCCUGAAGUAAUCUGUCCUUGUGCCACCUCUCCCGAGGCCUUGACAGUGGCCAUACGCAGGCCUGGUGCACGGGGAGCUCCUCUACCAGCCAGGGCCAUUCUGUCCAUGGGCGGGCUGAGCCAUGGCGUGAUCAGAGUUAACACAGAGGACAAAAAUUCAGCCUUAACUGUUCAAGACGUGGGCCAUAUCAUGCCUGGAGCUCUGAUGUGCAUCGUGAAACCAGACGGGUCUCCGCAGCUGUGCAAAACUGAUGAGAUAGGAGAGAUUGUGAUCAGCUCCCGAGCGGGAGGCACCAUGUACUACGGUCUUCCUGGUGUCACCAAAAAUACAUUUGAGGUGAUCCCUGUCAACCAAUCUGGAGCGCCAUUAGGAGAAGUUCCCUUCAGCCGUACUGGUCUGCUUGGAUUUGUCGGACCAGGCAGCCUAGUAUUUGUUGUGGGGAAGAUCGAGGGGUUGCUGAUGGUGAGCAGGCGACGCCAUAACGCUGACGACCUGGUGGCUACCGCUCUCGCAGUGGAACCUGUCAAAACAGUUUACAGGGGGAGAAUCGCUGUGUUCUCAGUUACAGUGUUUUAUGACGAGAGGAUCAUAAUUGUAGCAGAGCAGCGUCCUGAUGCCAGUGAAGAGGACAGUUUCCAAUGGAUGAGUCGAGUUCUGCAGGCCAUCGACAGUAUCCACCAGGUAGGCCUGUACUGCCUUGCCCUGGUUCCAGCAAACACCCUCCCAAAGACCCCACUCGGAGGCAUCCAUAUCUGUGAAACCAAGCAGAACUUUCUGGAGGGAAACCUGCACCCCUGCAAUAUUCUCAUGUGUCCGCACACUUGUGUUACCAACAUGCCCAAACCACGGCAGAAGUUGCCUGUGGAUGUUGGUCCAGCUUCUAUGCUGGUGGGCAACCUCGUGGCAGGAAAACGCAUCGCCCAGGCCACAGGUAGAGAACUGGGUGUAGUGGAGGACCAGGAUCUGAUUAGAAAGCACCAGUUCUUAUCUGAAUCACUGCAGUGGAGAGCCCAGACUGACCCAGACCAUGUUCUUUAUGUGCUUCUGAAUGCAAAGGGGGUGGCAGUGUGCACAGCCACCUGUGCUCAGCUACACAAACGAGCAGAGAAAAUAACAGCCACGCUCAUGGAGCGAGGAGGCCUCAACACAGGAGACAAUGUGGUGCUGCUUUAUCCCCCAGGCAUUGACCUCAUCGCUGCCUUCUAUGGUUGUCUUUAUGCUGGCGUUAUACCUGUGACUGUUAGACCCCCCCACCCACAAAACCUGGCUGCCACUCUCCCCACUGUCCGUAUGAUUAUUGAUGUGAGCAAAGCAGCCUGCAUCCUCACCACUCAGCCUCUCAUGAGGAUCCUCAGGUCCAGGGAAGCUGCUGCCAGCGUCAACAUCAAGACAUGGCCCACCAUCAUUGAUACAGAUGAUCUCCCAAGAAAGCGUCCUCCACAAAUCUAUAAACCCCCUACAGCUGAAAUGUUAGCUUACCUGGACUUCAGUGUGUCUACCACAGGAAUGUUAACUGGAGUUAAGAUGUCUCACGCUGCAGUUAGCACUCUGUGCCGCUCCAUCAAGCUGCAGUGUGAACUCUACUCUUCACGUCAAAUAGCCAUCUGCCUGGACCCCUACUGUGGCCUCGGCUUUGUCCUGUGGUGCCUCUCCAGUGUUUACUCAGGUCACCAGUCCAUCCUCAUCCCUCCCUUGGAGCUGGAGAGCUCGCUUCCUCUGUGGCUGAGCACGCUCAGUCAGUACAAGAUCAGAGACACCUUCUGCUCAUACUCCGUAAUGGAGCUUUGUACCAAGGGCCUCGGAACCCAGACGGAGAUGCUGAAGGCGCGAGGUCUCAAUCUGUCUUGCGUGCGGAGCUGCGUAGUGAUAGCAGAGGAGCGCCCUCGACUUUCCCUCACACAGUCCUUCUCCAAGCUCUUCAAAGAUCUCGGUCUGUCGUCGCGAGCCGUCAGCACCGCCUUUGGCUCCAGGGUUAACCUCGCCAUCUGUAUGCAGGGCACAGCUGGACCAGACCCCUCCACCGUCUAUGUAGACAUGAAGUCUCUGCGUCAUGACAGGGUGAGACUUGUGGAACGGGGAGCUCCGCAAAGUCUUCCGCUCAUGGAAUCGGGCACUAUCCUACCUGGGUUGAGGGUCAUUAUCGUCAACCCAGAGACCAGAGGUCCACUGGGAGACUCUCAUCUUGGCGAGAUUUGGGUGAACAGUCCUCACAGUGCAAGCGGCUACUAUACCAUCUACGGGGAGGAAAGCCUGCAGGCAGACCACUUCAACACACGACUCAGCUUUGGGGAGCCUAACACUCUGUGGGCCAGAACAGGCUACCUGGGCUUCAUCAAGAGAACUGAGCUACUGGAUGCUAGUGGAGAUCGCCAUGAUGCCUUGUUUGUUGUGGGCUCCCUGGAUGAGACAUUGGAGCUGAGGGGUUUGCGUUACCACCCUAUUGACAUGGAGACGUCUGUGUCUCGAGCUCAUCGCAGCAUCGCAGAGAGUGCCGUGUUUACGUGGACCAACCUGCUGGUGGUGGUUGCAGAGCUGUGUGGCUCCGAGCAGGAAGCGCUGGACCUGGUGCCCCUAGUCACCAACGUGGUCCUGGAGGAGCACCACCUCAUCGUAGGUGUGGUGGUCAUCGUGGACCCGGGAGUGAUCCCCAUCAACUCCAGAGGGGAGAAGCAGCGGAUGCACCUGCGUGACUCCUUCCUGGCAGAUCAACUGGACCCCAUUUACGUGGCCUACAACAUGUGAUCUGGCUUCAUGCACGUGCACGCAGCUGCGAGCGCACAUGAGGGAAAGGAACUUUACAAGUCAGCCACACAUUGAAAUCGCCAGUCUUGCAAUGAAUAUACAGUAGUAGUACUGCAACAAAGUGUGCUUCCUACUCCUCCCUCAUUGCUCAUUUUACAAGACAUUUUAUUACAAAAAUGAUUUGCUUUUCAUCCAUCCAGAUUUUUUUGUCAUCCCCCAAAAAAACCUCUCACUUUUAAGUGACAGGAAGGAACUACAGAGAAGAGCUGGAACUUUCCCCCCUUGCACUUUAAGUCCUCACACCUCUGAUAUGCCCAGUUACAGUUUAACAGAAGAAACCUCACCGUCAGUAUUAAGUGCUGCCAGCAGGGGGCGCCGUGACACGUUGCCUUCCUAGAAGAAAUGUGCAAAAUGGCAGCAGAUGUUAAAAGUGUCUGAAAAUGCACUAAGGUUCAGGAGAGAAGUAAAAAAAAAAAAGACACAAAAUUGGCUUAGUGACUCCUGGAGAGAACAAAAGAUGAAGGUUAUAUCAUGCAACACUAGCUGUUUUUUUCAAAUCCCCUAUCAAAGACAAAAUAGAAUCCAAUACGGAAUUGAAACUUGAGCUAGUUUGAAUGUGUAAUCUAUGGUUCAAAUAGCACACAUUUAUUGUUUUUUUCAUGCUCCAAAAAGGCACAUUUGUCAUAUCCUGCACAGAAAGAGCCCUUAGCAUUCAAGAAAAAAAAAUAUUCAUGACAGCUGAACAUUGUCUAAGUGAUCUGGAUGACUCACUGGAAAGUGGGCUUCUUAGUGAAAAAGCAGCCCACCUAGCGCGCUUUAGACCACAUAGCACAGUCUUUGUAAUUGUAAGCACACUGCUUUUGCUCUCAAUAGUGCAUCGUUGUUACAUCUUAGGCACACAGCACAUCUCAGAACACCGUUGAAUAGCAUAGGUCGAUUAUUAGAAGGCAGGCCUAGGCCUUUUCACAAUAAAGCCCCAUUGUGACAAUAUGGACUGUUGAAUUUCACAAAGAAAUCACACGUGAGGACAGAACUUUGCCUUAUUGAAACCUGUGGAACUGUAAUUCGAAGCUCCUCUCAUUUAGAAGCUAUUCCACCAGCUUCUAACCAAACUCAUGUCUUUUUUUUUUCAAAUUGUAUUUCUUUUUUCCUCAUUACAUCAUCACUUAUUCUAAUGCUUUCUGAAUGUCUAACACUGAGAACAACAAUCAGAGUGACAGUUACAAGCAAGUCAGAGAUGAAUAUGAAAAAAAAAAAAAAGAUCCUACUUUGCAAAAGAUGUAUAGAAGAUAAAUGAGGGUAAGGAUGUCAAUAUGUAUUCUGUAUUUUAGGUCAAAUACUGUUAUCACUGGUGUUGUGUAUACAUGAGACUUGACUGAUGUUUCAUACUUGACAGCAUUUUUAUUAUUUUAGUAUGGUUUCAUGUUGCAACAUUUAGAGGAUUCUGGCAGGAACACCAUGCACUUUCCCCGAUAUCGUUCAGUGCGAGUGUGUGUGUGCGUGUGUCUGAGGUGUGUGCGUGUGUUGUGAUGAAUUGGCUUUUCUUAGUGAAACAUUGUUUUUUUCUAAAGAAUAUGAAACCAUCUUUUUUUUUAAGAAAAUGUUUUCUUUAUAUUCCUUUUUUAACGUCGCCUUCACUGUACUUUAAUCCGUUCCAUCCAGAUAUGGAAAUUAAUAUAUUUUAUAGGGUUUUCAUUGCUAUUUUCUUGUUUGAAAUGCCACAAUUCCUGCAAAUGAGCUACUUUACUUGAUGGAAAGCAGCUCGGCCACUUGUCACUUUGCAUUCAGUGUCACACGCUGACAUGUUUGCGGGCAAGUAAAAACAAAUCAUUGAAGAAGUGAAGCAUUUGAGCCACUUUGUGAUUCCUCUGUUGCAACUGUCUCACUCUGAGAUGUUUUUAAUAAACUUUUAUAAUUUAA